AUGGCUGCAGAACAGAAAAAGGAUGAGUCUAUCCUGUUACACAUUCGAGACAAAGAUUGUGUCGCAAUUGAAGCAUGCUACCAUAAAAAAUGUUAUGCAAGCUACACAAAUUUCCUGCACUAUGAACCAGUAGAGGAUAAAGAAGAAAGACUUUACGAGAAGUCAUACCAGCACUUCUGUAAACAAGGUGUAGCUUACAUACCCAUAGUUAGUUUCCAUGAACCUGGUAAGAGGAACAUGAGUGAGUUGGUUUUCAGUGAAGAUCUGAGUAAGGGUGUGAUUGCAGCAGAAAACAUCUCAAUGUGUGACAGUUCUGACACUGAAAGUGGCAGUCAGGAAGAGAUCAAGACAGAAACUCCCAGCACGUCAACCCAAAAGUCUGGAAGCAAUGAGGAAGAAGAAAUGAGAACAUUGUUUCAUGCUGCUAUGAUUCUUCAUGGUAAAAUCAAAGAAUGUCCCAAUUUUUACCAAAGUUGGCCCCUACACUAUCUGAAUUUACCACAACAAAUGCAGAGAAAAUGGUUCCCCCUAGUCUAUCAGUGUUCCUUUCUUGCAUGGUUGCUUGGGUUUUCAUCCACGGUUAGUAUGAGAUCACACCUAAAUAUUACAGUGAAUGAAUAUUUGAAAGUUCUUUCUCUUGCCCAAGAUAUAAUUUAUGUAAGUUCAAAUGGCAGGAAACAGACUCCAAAAUCUCUAUCUUUGGGUAUGGCAGUUAGGCAAAUUACAGGAUCUUAUGCACUUACAAAGAUCCUUAAUGGUUUUGGAAAUUCAGUGUCCCAUCCAGCAGUCCUGUCCUUUGAUACAGCUCUUGCUUCCCAAUGUCUAGACAAUGAUGUUGUCAUACCAGAAGGGAUAAUUCCAACAAAAUUCACCAGGAACUGAAUUCCUAUAGGAAUUUCCUAUAGGAAUUUCCUAUAGGAAUUUUCCUAUAGAGACACGAGGAAGCCCUGGUCCGGGCCGGUCAUGUGACGUCAAAAAAUGGUAGUAUUUGACAGCUACUCGUCAAGGAGUGGCGAGAUAUUCUUUAAUGAAAUAUACAAGUCUUCGAAACAAAUAAAUAGCCAAAAGACCUCAAUCGAUAUUAUUUAUGUGUAGAGCGAAGUUUGGCAUGAAUCAGCUAAAAUCUAUGAAGAUCCCGUCUAUGUUUUCUAAGAUAUACCAAUAUUUCUGGAGAUUUUCAACUACAGGCAAACUGCAUCCAAGCUGCAUCUAGGCGUCUCCAUGCAAGUGGUGAUUCACAUGAAAUUUCCUUUCUCUCGUCUUGAACAAUAUGGCUCUUGCUACAAUUAAUAUUUAGUUUAAAUAUGCUCUUAUAGAUCUGACUUAGUUCAAUAUAAAUAAACACAAAUAUAAAACCUCGCGUAACCUGUUUACGCUGUACAGGAAUAUACGGAUUUGCUUGUUUUCCCGGACACCAACACUUGCCGUUCAGUAGCAAUGCUUGCCUACAAAUUUUAUCCCCUUCACAAUCUUUGUUUUAUUUUAUCGUAUAGUCGCAAUUUUCAAGUAUUCGGGGUAUUCUGGAACUGUGAAACUCGGUGGCGUGACGAAUCUUGUAGGGACUACAUCGGCCAAGGCGUAGAGCUAUUAAGUAAACAGGGCCUAAAUUAAUUUAGUAGUUUCAUUUAAUUGUUUGUCUUGCUUUUAUUUGUCAGUACAGAAUAUUGUAAAUUAAAAGAUUACCACAAUGCAAUAUGCGUAGUAGUUCAUCAGACAUCUGCACUACAUUAUAAAUACUGUACAGCGAAAACUACGGCUCAAAUAAUAGUAGACGUUCUUGUUUUGUCAGGCUCACGUCUCAGCUCACGUCAACACGGCUUUUGAGUUUUGUAACCGGCCGAGGCGAAAGUAAAUCAUGCAGUCGGGAAAACGUCUCAUUUUGAAAGAUUAUUUUGCAAAACAUACUCAUACACAUAAGAAUCAUAAAAAUACAAAUGUUGAAUUGUUAUUGUCAACUGUCAAGUUCAGUUAUUUUUAGACAAUAUGGUGUUAGCCAAUCAGAAUGCAAAAUUGACCGGCCCGGACCAGGGCUUCCUCGUGUCUCGCCUCGUCCUCACACUGAAGCCCUGAGAACGAGGUUGGGAAUUUCCUAUAGGAAUUCGUAUAGUAGAAGAAGAAGAAGAAGAAGAAGAAUUUUAUUCGCACCAGUCAAAAAUACAUAAUUACAAUUUUUUUUCCACACAUUAUUAAAACAGAGUUGGCACAGGAUAUCUGAAAUAGCUUUAACACUAAUCGAAGUCAGAUAACCUUAUUAAAGUAUUCGAGCCACUGUGGGUCAACAUUGGUUUAAGGUCAUGGUGCACAAUGAUUAUACAGAUGCAAAUUAAAAUUUACAGACAUAUGCAAAAACAAAAGCAAGCAUAAAGUCAGUAAUCAUUAAUUAUAAAUUUGAUUUUAGUUAAUUUGAAAGCAAAUGAAAACAGAAAUAAGAAUAAAGAUAAAGCUAGUAUUCAUUAAUAAAUUUGAUUUUAAUUUUUUUUUGAAGACUGAUUUAGUUAGUAUUUUCAAGCUAUCAUCUAUAUCAUUCCAAAUAUAGGUUCCCUGUGAUCGGAUAGAAAAUUUACCGUAAUUUGUUCUUACAAUUGGUAUACAAUAACUCAUUGUUGUUGCUAGUCUAGUACUGUACUUGUGUUUAUCACUAACGAAAAAGAAAAAAUCGUUAAAGACAGUAGGGAGUCUAUUUGUAUAGAAAUCGUGCAUAAAUAAUAAGUUGGACAUCUUUAUUAUAUCAAACAGCUUUAAAAGACCGAGAUUUUUAAAUAAAGGACUAGUAUGUUCAUCAUAUCUUGAGAAAGUGAUUAUACGUACUACUCGUUUCUGUAAGAGCACUAAUGAUUUCAAGGAAGAUUCGUAGGUGUUUCCCCAAACUAUGGUUCCAUACGUAAGAAAAGGGUAUAUCAAAGAAUAAUAAAGCUGAAGAAGAAUGUUAAAUGUAACAUAAUAUCGUAAUUUUGAAAGAAUGCCAAUGCUCCUCUGAAUUUUUUUUGGAAUAUUAUGAAUUUGAGUUUUCCAAUUUAAGUGGCAGUCAAUAUAGAUACCUAGGUAUUUAACAUAGCUUGUUUGUUUAAUGGAAUCACAAUUGAUAUAAAGUUUAAGAUCAUGGGUAAUUACUUUUUGAGGCAUACGGAAUAUAUCGUAAUUUGUUUUAUCAGUAUUCAAACAUAGUUUAUUUGUAGACAGCCAAGAAAUUAGACUUGCUCCAAGUCUGCCUCUUGGAUGUUCCUAAUUAAAGUAACUUGAGUUUUACUUUAGUUUUAUAAAAGUAACUUGAGUUUUACUUGAAGUUUUAUUAGUAGCAGGCGAUCCGAAAAGGAGCGAAAAAAAGCGGGCGGCGCGGGAAAGGAGCGAAAAAAAGCGGGCGGGAAAAUGGCGGGCGGCGCGGGCGAGGCGGCGAGGAGGGAGGGGAGAGGCAGACUUGUUUCCCUAGCCAAAUUUACCGGCUGAUUUUUCAACCGGAGGCGUGGCCUAUCAAUAUGAUUCAUUCGUUUCAUUGCGUGACAUUUGCAUGUUCGAGACUUUUUGACAAACGACAAGAAAGUAAACAAACUCUAUACGGAGAUGAGAUCAAUCAAGGAUGCUAUUAUUUACGGAGCAAGUAAGUGUGGUUUCGAUACGAUCAGAGAUCAGCAGAGGCAAGUUGCCGAGGCAUAUCUUUCAGGACGAGAUGUGUUUAUGUCUGCCCCAACUGGAUCUGGUAAAAGCUUCACGUUUCAGAUUGCUCCCUAUGCAUUUGAUUUUAUGUCAAGCGAUCCUAAUGCAGUUGUUGAAGAAUGUCGAUCAGUAUGUCUUGUGGUUCCUCUCAUUGCAUUAAUGAAUGAUCAAGUCGCUUCUUUAACUUCACGAGGACUAUCAGCAGCUUGUGUUGGAGGUGAAUCAGAAUGCAGUCCAGAUCAGAUACGAGAAAUUUGUGAAGGCAAAUACAAGAUCGUAUUUGGAACUCCCGAAGCACUGCUUAAUAACCAUCGUGGUAUAUUCCGAAGUCCUCUUAAGAAGCAUUUGAAAGCCGUAUUUAUUGACGAAAGUCAUUGCAUUGCAAAAUG